UGAAGACAUCUGCAGUAUGCUGUCAGAAUGCAUGCAAACUUGAGCUACAGAAAUGCAAAGACUGCACAUAGUGCUGGGCUCUUUAACGAAUUCACAUUUCAAACGUCCAUCAAAACAGAGGGGCACUGCCCUCAGUUCGAUGCCAUUGGUGACCUGCACACAGGAAGAGAACAUCUCCACUUAGAUGCACACCGCAAGGGGGUUCCAGCUGAGGAAAUUAAGAGGGAUGAACCAACUACUGAAAUGGACCCUCAAUCCCAGGGCCUUCUGUGUGACUCUAUUGUCAGCAUGCUCAGAGACAGACCAGCUGUGGUUCUAACCUCUCACAGAAAGGCCAAGAGGAUCCAAAUGUAUGAAUAUUCCACUAACUCAUACUAG